AUGCGAGGGCUCCUCUCCUCUUCCUCCUCUCUCCUCCAACGAGCCGCCGGCGCCGCCGCCCAGCUCUCGCGCAGGGAGUGCGGUAGCGCCUCAGCAUCCGCACCCUCUCCUCUCCCCCGCUCCCCCCUCCAGAAUGGGAAAAGAGAGACAUUUUGUUCGUUUUGGUCCAAAGGUCGUUCGAUGUCAACCACAGUUGAUAUGCAGUUAGACUACGAGAGUGAUCCCCCGCUUGACGAUACAAAAGCUCUUGAGAAGGAGUCAUCACUUAAUGUUGCUGUCUCCCAACUUGCAAGUGACUUUGAUAGAGAUUCCAAUUUAUGUUUGGAGCGAUUUUCCCGUACAAGGAAAGCAUCUGUGAUCUCUACUGGUUCUCUUAAGCUUGAUCUUGCUCUCGGCGUUGGAGGAUUACCAAAGGGUAGAAUGGUGGAGAUAUAUGGGAAAGAAGCAUCUGGGAAGACAACACUCGCGCUGCAUGUUGUUAAGGAAGCUCAAAAGAAUGGAGGUUACUGUGCUUAUAUUGAUGCAGAAAAUGCCUUUAACCCUUCAUUUGCUGAAGCUAUUGGUGUAGACAGUGAAAGGCUUUUGAUAGCCCAACCUGAUUCUGCUGAAAAUUCUUUAAGCAUUGUAAACACUCUUGUUGGUGGUUCUGUUGCUGUUGUUGUUGUGGAUAGUGUGGCAGCACUUAUUCCCAAAUGUGAAAUUGAAGGUGAAAUAUACACAAAUUCUGAAGACAUCCAAUCCCGUUUGAUGACUCGGGCCCUUAGAAAAAUUCAGUACACUUUAUGUCGAUCUGAAACACUUAUUAUUUUUGUGAAUCAGGUUAGAAGAAAGAGGACAUCAAAUGAUUUUUCUGGGAUCUACAAGGAGGUGCCUUGUGGUGGUAAUGCAUUAGGAUUCUAUGCUGCAGUCAGAAUGAGGACUUCAAGAAGGGAACUGCGCUAUAGUGAAGACAAGGCUACUGGAAUAGGUAUAUCAGUGCAGAUCAUCAAGAACAAAUUGGCUCCAGUGAGCCUGAAAGAAGCCGGCAUCGACAUCAGAUUCGGGAAGGGGAUCUGCCAUGAAUCAGAGAUCCUCGAGAUGGCUUCUUCCGUCGGAGUAAUCCUGAAAGAUGGGUGUGGGUAUUGGAUCAACAAUGAGUUCCUGGCGGGCAAGGUGGAAGCUGAGAAGUUCCUACAUGAGAACGCUGCAGUGGCAGAUGAGAUCUGCAAUACCGUGAGAAAUGAGUUCCUGCAAAGGUGUGCGAGCCAUCGGCGUGUGCUACGGCGUGAUCGGCAGCGGGCCUCCCUUCCAAGAGUGACGUGGUGCAGCUCUACAGUCCAACGGCAUCUCCAGCAUGCGCUUCUACUUCGCCGACCAGGACCUCCUCACCGCGCUGCGCGGCUCGGGCAUCGCCCUGGCCCUCGACGUCGGCAACGAUACCUCGCCUCCGACCCCGCCGCCGCCGCGUCCUGGGUCCGGGACAACGUGCAGGCCUACUACCCGGACGUGGACAUCCGGUGCAGGCAGGAGAGUGGACUGAGCUUGCGAUCAGACGGAGGAUGGUGGAGGAAGUGGCAGUGGGAUGGAGGAGAUGGGGAUCUCCAUCGCUCCUCACAAAGACACCUGGGGACAGUACUGCUGAAAGAAGAUUAG